CCCCGCGCCGCGCCGCCGCCGCCGCGGGCGGGCAGGCCGCGCUGCAGCGCUCCGCCUGCCGCCAGCGCACGUAUGUCACACAACACAACAAAGACCUCAGCCAACGAGCAAAACCUAAGUCAGAUUCACUUGCACCUCCUUUUCAUGAGAGUCAACAGCUAGGUCAAGGAAGAACAGUUAUACACAAGACUACACCAAUUUCACCUGUUCAUCAACCUUUGUCUGAGACAUCAACCAGAAAUGAGCUGAGAGAAGUGACUUCAGCUGCAGAGAUAGAAGGCUCAGUGUCAUCAGUAAAAGCAGGAUCCAAGGAAGAAAGACAAUGGAAAGAAAUGAAGCUACAGCUGGAUGACUUGCCAGGAAUAUUGGCACGUUUGUCCAAAAUUAAGCUUACAGCUCUGGUUGUAAGUACCGCAUCUGCUGGGUUUGCCAUGGCUCCAGUCCCGUUUGACCUGACUUGUUUCCUCCUUGCCUCUCUUGGAACCGGACUGGCUUCCUGUGCUGCCAACUCCAUCAAUCAGGCAGAGCACCCCUGGGCAGGACCUGUGAGAUCCAGGAAUGCCUUCAGCAGCCGGUGGGCGCUCGUGGAGAACACCAUGUUCUUUGAGGUUCCCUUUGAUUCCAAUAUGAACAGGACGAAAAACAGACCACUGGUGCGAGGACAGAUCAGCCCCCUGCUCGCCGUGUGCUUCGCUGCCGCCUGCGGAGUCCCGGGAAUCGCCCUGCUGACGCUGGGAGUGAACCCGCUCACCGGGGCCCUGGGCGCCUUCAACAUUUUCCUGUACACGUGCUGCUACACGCCGCUGAAGCGGAUGAGCAUCGCCAACACGUGGGUGGGAGCCGUCGUCGGCGCCAUCCCCCCCGUCAUGGGGUGGACCGCGGCUACGGGUAGCCUUGACGCCGGUGCAGUACUGUUAGGAGGAAUCCUCUAUUCCUGGCAGUUCCCUCAUUUCAAUGCCCUGAGCUGGGGGCUGCGAGAAGAUUACUCCCGAGGAGGAUACUGCAUGAUGUCUGUGACACAUCCAGGGCUGUGCAGGCGGGUGGCUCUGCGGCACUGCUUGGCCUUAAUUGGACUCUCAACAGUGGCUCCUGUGCUCGACAUCACCACGUGGACUUUCCCUAUCAUUUCACUCCCUAUUAACCUGUACAUCUCCUACCUCGGCUUUCGGUUCUACAGGGAUGCAGACCGCAGCAGUUCUAGGAAGCUUUUCUUCUGCAGUCUGUGGCAUUUGCCAUUGCUGCUGCUUGUCAUGUUCACAUGCAAGAAACCUUUCCUGGAGAAGGAAGAGAAAGGCGAUCUCAGUGGAAAUCAUGGCAGGGCUGUGGAAAUUAGAUUGCCUUAAAUGUCAAUUAUUUGUCAUCAAUGUGACACAUCAGGUAGCGUAUUUUAGUAAUUAUGGGAGGGGGAAGCCUGUUGUGAUCUGUUUGAAGAAUUGUUUGUGCCUAGUGACCACUUCAUGUGAUGAUUUUCUGUGUUCUUCUUAAAGGGAAGGGACGUGAAAGCUUAAAGCAUUCAUGGGCCACGGGCCUCUUUCACUCAUCACAGAUUAAAUUCUAGCCUCCAUCAGAAGCACAUCACUUUCUGAUGGCCUUCCAAAGUCUUUGUGGGUCUUGAUCUCAUGUCUCAUGGGUAGGAUUUCAGUUAGCAAAUCACAUACGCACACUUACCAAAUGCCAUCACUGGCAGCCUUGGCAAAGAAGUCAGGAAGCGACAAAUGAAUGAUUUAUCACCCCCCAACAAAUGAGCAGCCUUUUCAAAUUAAGCUUUGAGGCCCAUGUUGGAGUGGGUGAGCUUGUGUUGUCUCAGUCCAUGCCGUUCCUGCUCUAUUCUUACAGAGGCCUUCAGUUUCUGAGACUAUCAGUCGGUUACGUUUCCCAAGGUUCCCAUUCACUUCAGUAGAUUUUGGGGUUUCAUAUAGCCUUCACAAUCCUAAAGAAAUGAAGAAAACUAUCUUACAGCACACUACACAUCAGCAUUUAAAGAGCCUGAAGAUAAACAGAUACUCCAUAGCAUAUACUUUGAAAGACCCUCUUAAUCAUUUUACCGUAUAUCCAUUCCAGUGAAUUUCUGUUUUUAUGUUAUUAAGGUUUGGAUCCUGUGUGCCAGAUCUUCAGCUGGUGAAAACUAGUAUUAUUGUUUAUUCCAGUGAAGCUUUGAAAAGAUAUACCAGGUGAGAACUGGAUCUUAGAGUCCAAUAGUUUUAAGGCUUUUGUGUGCUAAUGUGUCUUGUGCCUGCCCAUUUACUCUAAGUGCCCAUCUACUAAGGAGUUAGCUCCUGUACUGGAUGAGCUCUGGGCUUGCAUCAAGAAUUUGAACUGUAUUUAAUCUCACACCACCGUGUUUUGAAGGCCUCAUUGGGGGUAUGUUACCAGUAAGGAAGCACAAUUUAUGGAAAAAAAAGGGAUGUUUGGGGGGAUGAUUUAUCUGAUAUGAUAAUAUUCAAAUUUUUGAUGCAGCCAAGGUCUUUCAAAAAAAAUGUUGGGGAUGGUCCUAUUAGGAGAAUGUAUCACCUUUGUUAACUGAUACGAUGUAAUAUAUUUUCUAGGCACAGUCUGAUAUAUUUAUGAUGCUGUUUUGGGGCUGCGGCUAGCCCUGAACAUACGUGGUUUGACUGUGACCAGCUGGGAUACUUCCAAACACAGCAGUAUCUACUGUAGACAAGGGUUAUGUUAUAGUUUGUUGUGGUAGUUAAUGCCUGUUAUGACUUGACGCAUUUUCAUGCCAAGAUUUCUUUCCCAUGUGGAAAGGGCCUGGGCAGCACCACUGUGCAUCCAAAGACGUCUGCUGGUAGGAAUACCUGAAAUGGGAGACAGUUUCUCUAAUCUGAUCCCAAAUAAAGCCCUUCAAGAAACUUCACAAAUCUGCCAGCAUGUGCUUAUCAUGCUGACGUAAAAUAUUCACUGGGUGCUUUCAUGAUCCAAGCCCGUCUUCUGGUCUCGGUUACACUGGUGUAAAUCAGAAGUGACACCGUUAACCUCUGCUCUGUCGGCCAAGGUGCUUCAUAGGAACAGAGCCACCUGUUUUACAUGGCUCUUAAAUAACCAGUUGUAAGAUUUCCUGACUCUCUCAAGUGAUUGCAGAUGACAGUACUGAGUUCCCUGGUACUGUUUAUCUGACAGGCUCCAUUGUACUCAAGUUACUGUGGGGAACAUUUCAUAGAAAUAUCUGGAAACCAUACAACUGUGCAACUCCUUAAUUUGUUUUGAAAAUGCAUUCAAGCUUUUCUGCAAUAAAGUGCAUACUGUACAAAAACAGA